UGCGCAGCGCGGGGCGGCGCAGCGCGGUUUUGUCUCGUCCUGGGGUGCGGAGCGGCUCGCGCGGUGGCCCGGGGAGGCCCCCUCGGCUUCCCGCAGGACGCCCGGCCAAACGGCGGCCGGCUGCGGCGUCUCGGCCCCGGUCUGUGGCCCUGAAGGGAAGGGCAAGGGCCACGGCGACGUGGAGGGAGAGCAGUAGUUCCAGAGAACUGCUGGUUUAGACUUUAGCUCUUGACGAGUUGUGAAAACAGUGAAGGAUGCUUAGACUACCUAACAUUCAAAUUACCCUCUGGUUAAUCAUCUUUAGAAGACUGGACUUCUGGAUGUCUAAAUUACUCCAUCGCUACUGAAUUAAACCAUGAAAAUGAAACCUAUAACUGGCCAUCAUCUGUGAGCCCUAAUCACAUUGACUCAUAGCAUUUGAAACUUGCUCAGGGAAUAAGCAAUGACAUCGGCUGUGGUUGACAGUGGAGGUUCUGUUCUGGAGCUUUCCAGCAAUGGAGUAGACAAUCGAGAGGGAGGUGACAAGGUCCCUGAGUAUCCAGCAGUGAUUGUGGAGCCAGUCCCCAGUGCUGGAUUAGAGCAGGGCUACGCUGCCCAGGUUCUGGUGUAUGACGAUGAGACUUACAUGAUGCAGGAUGUGGCGGAAGAACAAGAAGUUGAGACCGAGAAUUCGGAAACAGUGGAAGCGUCUGUUCAUGGCAGUAAUGCACACUGUACAGACAAGACAAUUGAAGCUGCUGAAGCCCUGCUUCAUAUGGAAUCUCCUACCUGCUUGAGGGAUUCCAGAAGUCCUGUGGAAGUGUUUGUCCCUCCUUGUCUGUCAACUCCAGAGUUUAUCCACGCAGCCAUGCGUCCAGAUGUCAUUACGGAGACUGUAGUGGAGGUGUCAACGGAAGAGUCUGAACCAAUGGACGCCUCGCCUAUUCCCACCUCACCAGACAGCCACGAACCAAUGAGAAAGAAAAAAGUUGGCCGCAAACCAAAGACCCAGCAGUCACCAGUUUCCAAUGGGUCUCCUGAGUUAGGAAUCAAGAAGAAAGCCAGAGAAGGAAAAGGAAACACAACCUAUCUGUGGGAGUUUCUUUUAGAUCUACUUCAAGAUAAAAAUACUUGUCCCAGGUACAUUAAAUGGACUCAGAGAGAAAAGGGCAUAUUCAAACUUGUGGACUCAAAAGCUGUCUCGAAGCUUUGGGGAAAGCAUAAGAACAAACCAGAUAUGAACUAUGAAACUAUGGGACGAGCUUUGAGAUACUACUACCAAAGGGGGAUCCUUGCCAAGGUUGAAGGGCAGAGGCUGGUCUAUCAGUUCAAGGAUAUGCCCAAAAACAUAGUAGUCAUCGAUGACGACAAAAGUGAGCCCUGCGCCGAAGACCUGGCCGCAGCCGCUGAUGAGAAGUCCUUAGAACGAGUGUCACUGUCUGCCGAGAGUCUCCUGAAAGCGGCAACUUCUGUGCGCGGCGGCGGCGGGAAAAACUCCUCUCUGAACUGCUCCAGAGCCGAGAAGGGGGUGGCGCGAGUUGUGAAUAUCACCUCCCCUGCUCAUGACGCUUCCUCCAGGUCUCCUCCCACCACAGCGUCUGUGGCCGCGGCAGCUCCCAGGACAGUUCGUGUGGCGAUGCAGGUUCCCGUGGUGAUGACAUCACUGGGUCAGAAGAUUUCCACUGUGGCAGUUCAGUCCGUCAAUGCCGGCACACCGUUAAUAACCAGCACCAGCCCAACGACAGCCACCUCUCCAAAAGUAGUCAUUCAGACAAUCCCGACCGUGAUGCCAGCCUCUGCUGAAAGUGGAGACAAGAUCACCAUGCAGCCUGCCAAAAUUAUCACCAUCCCCGCCACCCAGCUUGCACAGUGUCAACUGCAGACCAAGUCCAAUCUGACUGGGUCGGGAAGCAUUAACAUUGUCGGAGCCCCCUUGGCCGUGAGAGCACUUACCCCCGUCUCCAUAGCCCAUGGUACUCCUGUGAUGAGACUAUCUGUGCCUGCUCAACAGGCUUCCGGCCAGACUCCUCCUCGAGUAAUUAGUGCGGUCAUAAAAGGGCCAGAGGUGAAAUCGGAAGCAGUGGCCAAAAAGCAGGAGCAUGACGUGAAAACUUUGCAGCUGGUGGAGGAAAAAGGCGCGGAUGGGAAUAAGACAGUAACCCAUGUCGUGGUCGUCAGCGCGCCCUCUGCCAUUGCCCUUCCUGUGACUAUGAAAACCGAAGGACUGGUGGCCUGUGACAAAUGAACUGUGAGUGUCGGAAGGGAGUCACGGAGAGAAGCGGAGGAGGACUGUGAACAAUUGUGCAUAGACGAAAGCAAUUCGACUUACUGGAAAUAGUUACCUGUCCCAUGUUUCAGUGGGAAGUGAACUACACGUUGAGAUGCUGACAGAAAACUGCCUCUUAAAAUAGGAACAACUGAACCCUCCAUAAGACAAGACUGAAAGGGACCAAGCAGCCCACUACACUAUCAAGUCACACUAAGAGUUGGAACACUAACACCUGGAAGAGGUUACAUAGUUUUCAGUGGGGCGGGUUGGGAUGGGGAUGUCAUUGUUACAUAGAGCAAUUUUCGAUGCGUUUUAUAUGCAUACCAGCAAAUUCACUGUGUUGGCACAGUGCUCACUUAACUGGUGCUAUGUGAAGACUCUGCUAAGAUAGCUGUUCUAGAAUAUGAACUGAGUGGAUCCAAAAGCUCCAGGAGAGGAUAGCAAAGAGAUCUAGUGCGUUUUCUUGUUUUAUUUUUCGUUUUUGAAUAUAUAUAUCAUAUAGCUUAAGCUGUUUUAAAACAAAGGCCUUAGACUAAUUUUCAGUUUUCUUUCUUGAAAUAAGCUAAUGGCUUGUUUGUGUAAAGCUUUUUUAUUAAAGGAAAAAAUUUUAAAAAUCUUGUACCUAGCACAGUAUUGUUAUAGAAUUUACAUGUAACAUUUUAUAUGGUAGUUUAAGUCUGUUGGUUUCUUAAUUGUGAGGAAAUUGACUGUUGGCUCUGGCCCUUCACUGUAACAUACCGCGUCGUCGUUCAGUUCAGCCCUGGCGUCCUGCAGACACCUCAGUAUCAACCCUGUCAUUCUGAACUCCAGGCUCCGCAUGAACUCGUCAGGUAGCGCUCCUACCUGCUCUUGGUUUCCUUUCUCAUUCUCUUCCUUCUUUCCUCCUCCUCCUCUCUUUUUUCUGUUUUAGUUGGCGUGUAAGAGGGAAAGUACCAGUGUUCAGAUUUGAACUAUAAUAGUUUGUAUAUUCAACAUUUGAAGUAUAUUCUAUUUUGUUGUACUCUUGUUUCAAAGUGUAUUCAAGUAGGUUUUCUGAAAUAUAGAAGUGAAAUUUA